AUGGGCUCGACUCCUCUCCCUCUCGCCCAUGAAGUCACCGCCGCCGCCGCCCACGCCGGCCGCUUCCGGCGAGCUCCGGCGCUGCGCAGCACAGCCCCGAGCUCCCCAUGCUCCGCGCCUCCCUCCCCUCCGGCCAGAUUCUCAUCUCCCGGCCUCUACCGCCCGCUCGCAACCACACCCCCGUGGCUAGGGUUCCGGGCAGUUCUUCGCCGGCGCGUCUCCGGCAGCCCCAGAUGCAGAUGGAGCACGCCAUGGGAGUUCCCCAUCCACCAUGGUCGCUGUCGUCAAGGGCUUCUUCAAGGAGAUGUGAAGGACGCCAUCGACCUGCAGCUACUCAAGGGCGAUCUAGCGAGUUAUCUUGAGACAAAAAGUCGCCUGCAAUCUUAUAAAGUGAUCAGAUUUGCCCCUGAGACUGCAAGGUCCCUCAAAGAGAAGCGUUUUUCAUAUGCUCCUGAAUCUGGUGUGCGGUAUGAUGGAGUUUACAGAUUGAGAACUGUUGGAGGAAGACUGGUAUUCAGCGCCGUUGGCCGCUCUGCCUACCGAGUGCCACCCCGCCGCCUCCUCCCACCCCCCACCUGGGACCUCACCGCCUGCUCCCCGCCCGGCACACCCACAACGCUUGAGGCUGAGCAGAUGCCAUUGGCCCGUGGGCACGGAAGCAAAGUCCAGGAUGGUGAUGGUGCCAAGGAGGACUCUCGGACGUCGACCGGUUGCAUCGUUGCUGCCGUAUCCAUGGAGUGGCGCGGCUCCAACCACUCUGAGAUGGUAUUCCUCUCUCUUUCUUUCCUGACAGAACUAAGAAUCUUGUGUCAUCCUCUUUUUUAA